ACCAAGGUAUGUACAACAAUUUUACAAUGACUAAAAAGAGAAGAAAAACUGCAAUGGGAGUGAAGAGUAAAUAUAGAAUACCAGUGAUCGUGUUGAUAUAUACUAGUAAAUACUUGUAUUGUUAAAGAGAAAUUUGUAAAUUAAUUGUUAUGCCCUUAUUUCUUAAAUACGCAAUGAACUGUUUGAAGUUGUAUAAUAUUAUAACAUGACAUAUACAAAUCUGAAUUACAGAUAUUUCUUAAAAUAUGUUAUCUGUGUGAUAUAUUCUUUGAUAUUUUUAUGUUGUUUUUGUUUUAGUGCAAUUGAUUUCGAUUUGCUUAUCGGUGCAUUAAGAAUGAGAUACAUCUAUACUAAUUGAAUGAAUUAAAACCUUUUGAGAUAUGGAUUACAAACACGCAAAAUUCUCUAGGUGACAGGGAAAAUAUUAAUACAUACAUCCAUGGCUAUUCGUUUUAAGUGGUUGAUUUUUCCCCAGCUUGCUCUGUCUUGUUUUAAAUACUCCAUAGCCGUUCGCAAAAAUAAACUUAAAACUGUUGUUGCAGGAAAAAACAAACAAAUGCUAAAUAAUAUGUGACGUAUAAAAGAACAAGACAGAAACUCACCUCAAUUUAUGGACUUCAUACAUUUCCUUACCUAUCUUUUUUUGUUGUUGUUGCAUGCAGUAACCACUAACAAACAGGAGGGGUCAGUGUUGGACCGGUUUUGCCCGGCGGGCUCCAGGCUGGUGAUGGACAGACUGUGGCCGGGAGACGCCACGUUUCGAGGUCGGUAUCACCUACAAAGCAGCCCCGCUGGAGCUAGAGGACCUGACUCAUGGACACUUCAGCAGGACGGUGCUUGGCUGUACACUGGUCAUGAGGUGUUAAAAGCCCAUCCCAUGCAGUCAGUGGGUCAAAUAUAUAAUUAUUCCAUAAAAAAAUGGAGUCAGGAUUUAUAACAAUUUGAGUCAGUAAGAAAAUGAGAAAAUGACCCUGUUUAUUGCUCAAUCACUAUAGGCUACAAUCCCCAAAAUCUCAAAUCUCAAAAUGUUUAAUACUGUACAUUCGGAGAUUACAGCCCAAUGGUUAUAGAUGCACCUGUAGAUACACAGUAUGUGCCUUGUGUUGACAACUACUAACCCAGGAGACACAUAAUAAAUUGUUAAAGACAAUGAAGAACUAGUGAAGGAUAGGAUUGAUCGGUGGACGGAUAAGUGGAUGAUAUUAAAUUGCUCAGUCAACAUCACAUUAGAGAACAAAUUUGCUUAUGGAGACUAAAAGGGAUUUCUGGGCUUAAAGUAGUUCAUCAUCCAGACACGAGUCAACAGCAGUUCAAGAUUUUCUUUCAUUGAAUCAGCCAUUAAUGAGAAAUAAUAUGAGAAAAUAUAGUGUGUUUCAUGAAUUACUAAAUUGGAUUUUUCUCGGCCAUUGAUAGAUAACAUUGGUUUCAGGGCACCUGUUAAGUACAAUGACACUGAAUAACAUGCUUUUGGUCCUUUUUUUGUUGUUUUGUUUUUUUAAACUUUGGAAUUCCUCUUUAGUCAUUCAGUGGCUCAAUUUUAUAUCCAAUGAUGGUGCAAUAAACUUUGCAACUCCCCUUAUCCCGUGAGCCUGUUUGGUCCUUAGAGCUGUCCGGUGCUGAAAACCAUGCCUUUCCUUUGGUUUACUGUGGUAUUUAGACAACAAGAUAUAUAUUUUUGUUGUUGUCUUGCAUUUCCCAAGUCGACGAAAAGGACAGAUUUGUCUGAAUUAGUGCCAGCUCUCCUGGUUCCCCACAGCUGCGCAAAACAAGGCCUAACUGAAAAGCCGGCCCUGCCAAAAGAUUGAGUGAUGGAGUUUAUGUUUGGAGGAAAUAAAACAGAAAUGUAUGUCUAUUUCUAUGGCUCAUCCAAUUGUUCACAACUAUAAAAAAAAAAUGACUGUGGCAUCAAUAUUAUGGUUUUAAAGGGGGAAACGCUCCAAAGCCUAAAACUAAAAUGAUUACCCUAGACCUACUACACCUAAUUGAUAAUGUGCCAAUGUAAAUGCAAAUGUCCCCAUACACCAAUACUACACAGUCAGAGUAAUAAUACUAGCCUGUGCUUCCUUGCUAGAAAGCAUAUGAGCCCGUGCAGACCUCCGCCCCCGAUAAACCCUGAAGUGUGGCUGCAGCAUCCAAGUAUUCUCUACUUCUCAAACAUGUCACUUUUACUCAGGUUCAUUAUCAGACGCUCGCUCCCGAAGCCCCCGGGCACCAGCAGUGGCAACGUCAUGGCGACUCCUUUUACAAGUCUAUUUGUGAUUCACACCGCCUGGCGUGAGUCACAACAUGGGACACGUCGUUAUCACGUAAACAGCGCGGCCCCCCGGGAGCGCGUCUUUACUUAAACCGUUAAGACUCAGUGAGAGGCCGAUUUAUUCCAGAAGUUUUCUUUAUUUAUAGUUGAUUACAGAGACGGGUAAACUCCUGUAGCAGGGGAUCACCAUAAGAAAAUCACAAUACCAUUAUGCAGACCAAUGCAACAGUCAGGUGUGUUCACAUCCAACUACAGUUGACAACAUCUAUUCAGUAUAGGGUAAGAGGAGGCAGAGCUGAGACCCAUGAUUAGUUUCCAUCGACCUGAGGACUGAAAUGUCACCAAUGACCUUCAAACAGACGCUAGGUGGCGCGAUGCAAACUCCAAACCUCUGUCCGUGGUGCUGAAAACACCCACUGUAGCCUAGUGUGGUGUCCUGCAUGACUUAAAUAGAAGUACGAAGGUAUCAGAUAUAGCCUACAUACGUCAUGAAGGGACUAUCUGCCGCUUGUUAGCGCCUGUCACUGCGGCAUCACAUCGUCUCCCCUCAUUUACAGUGAGCAGUCAUAUAAUUCAAACGCCGGUAAACGCCUGACACCAAUACACUUAUUGUCUCCCACACAAAUUUUGAGGCCACAAAUAUUUAUGCUGGGGUAGAUGGCAGUAAUACACAGUUAUGAACAUUUAGCUUUAGGCUACAAAGACAUUUAUACUGAUAUACAAAUGGGUGUUGAAUCAAGAGCAAUUGGUUGUAGAUGCAACUAGUCUCAACACCUUCAUCUGGAUAACUAUGACCUGGAUGAAUGAGGAUAUCUACAGACAUUUUAACUGAUAGUGCUACAGAUUUUUAUUUUAACUUGGGUUUAUUUAAUGGGGUAUAAUUUUCCACUUAAACAUUUCUCAUGUGACAAUCUCAUAAACGAAGUUCGGUGACCAAUUUGGGCAGAUAGAAAGCUGAAAUGUAAAUGUAUUAUACGUGACAGUAUAGAUUCCUUUCUUUUAUUUUAUUUAUCCUUGUGCAUCAACAUUUGUCACUAUUCAUCAUAUAUUUUUAUAUAUAUACUUGCAGGCAGCAUAGGUAAAUACUGUAGAACAGGCGACGGUUGUGGGAGUGAGUGUGUGUGUGUGGGGGGGGGGGUCUUAAUGUUCACGUUUCCACUUGAGAGAGAGAGAGAGGGAGGAAGGGAGGGAGAGAGAGAGAGGGAGGAACUCGGAUGACAGAGCCAGGACCACGCGCUACAGAAGACGGACGAGGGAAUGCGACAUGUCUCCAGGAUUCAGGUAAGUUUGGAUGCAACAGACAGAAAAAAAGGCAUCUUCAAAUGAGCAUGAUGUCAACAGGACAACGACAGAAAAACAUGUCAGGAAUAUAGGCUGAUCUCAUUCUCCCUCCUGCUAAAGAUACUAGUCCGUGUAUUCUUCUUCUAUCAUCAGAUAAUUGUUAUCAUUAAUAGUAAUAUUCACCGUAUGGUACCUUAUAGGUCGCACGACAGAUAGGGAGGAAAUAUAGGGUAUAGGUUUAAAACAAGACCCGCCGGGGGGGGGGGGGGGGUCUUGUGUCGGUCCCCCUUGAAGAAUCCAAACACGAGUCGAUCAUGGAAGGAGGUUUGCGCCUCGUCUUCAUCAGAAAAGUGUGAGAGUCAGAUCGUGAAGACGACGGCGUCUGUGAGAGGAGGACGAGGAGCCCGGCAGCCCCCAGAUCCAAACACCUUCUCGUGGCGUGUUGGAGGAGAGCGCGCUGUCCGCGGUGCUGGAGUCAUUUCUUCUCCAUGGAGGAGCAGCGCAGCGCACUCACGGCACUGGCUAUCUGUUUCUGUUUUAGACCUGGCUGCUGCACCAGCACCUAUACUUGGGUUAUUCCCAGUGGAACAGUAUAGUCCUGUUCGGCCACCACUGCCCACGGAUCGGUUGGGUGGGAGUUAAGUGCCUUGCGCAAAGGCACAUAACUCCCCAUGGAUGGCAGUUGGUGAGAGAGGCUGGAGGACCCCUGCCAGCCGCAGGAAUGUAAAGCAGGGCGUCGAGAGAAGGGAGCAUGCGUCACCUGCACACAUAUAGGGGGCACGUUUAGCACAUCUGGCGUCGUUUUUCUCGUGUCCUCUCAGCAGUUUGUCUCAUUUCUCCGCAGGUGCGCGCGGAUAUGCGCCAGGCGUCGUGCUCACUGACCACGGUCGCUGGGAUAAACGUGGAUGUACCGACGGACAGCGGGUAGUAUGCCCGCACAGUUGGCGCGGCUCACGCGACGUGGCGCAACAUGGCACGCGUAAAGAUGGGUCUCCUCGCUCCCCUGUGUCUCCCCGCGCUCUUCUUCCGCGUCCUCGUGCUCACCCACGGCAGCAGCGUCUAUGAGCGGUCGGCGGUGCCGCGCGCCGUGUCCCGCGCCGUGGCCCGCAUGGACGGGGACGUGAUCAUCGGCGCGCUCUUCUCCGUGCACCACCAGCCGUCUGCGGAGAAGGUGGCCGAGCGGAAGUGCGGGGACGUCCGCGAGCAGUACGGCAUCCAACGGGUGGAGGCCAUGUUCCACACGCUGGACCGCAUCAACAGCGACCCCGACUUGCUGCCCAACAUCAGCCUGGGCUGUGAGAUCCGGGACUCCUGCUGGCACUCCUCCGUGGCCCUGGAGCAGAGCAUCGAGUUCAUCCGAGACUCCCUCAUUUCCAUCCGGGAUGAUAAGGACGGGUCCAAGUGGUGCAUCGACGGCACCCCGUCCAACCAGCCUCCACCCACCAAGAAACCCAUCGCCGGAGUGAUCGGACCGGGAUCCAGCUCGGUGGCCAUUCAGGUGCAGAAUCUGCUGCAGCUCUUCAACAUCCCGCAGAUCGCCUACUCCGCCACCAGCAUCGACCUGAGCGACAAGACCCUGUUCAAGUACUUCCUGAGGGUCGUGCCCUCGGACACCCUCCAGGCCCGGGCCAUACUGGACAUUGUCAAGCGUUACAACUGGACCUAUGUGUCUGCGGUGCACACUGAGGGAAACUAUGGGGAGAGCGGCAUGGAGGCCUUCAAGGAGCUGGCCUCUCAGGAAGGCCUGUGUAUCGCCCACUCGGACAAGAUCUACAGUAACGCAGGGGAGAAGCACUUUGAUCGCCUUCUGAGGAAACUGCGGGAGCGUCUACCCAAAGCCCGCGUGGUGGUGUGUUUCUGCGAGGGCAUGACAGUCCGAGGUCUCCUGAUGGCCAUGAGGCGACUGGGAGUGUUUGGGGAAUUCCUCCUCAUUGGCAGUGAUGGAUGGGCGGACCGCGACGAGGUUGUCGAGGGUUACGAGCAUGAAGCGGAGGGAGGAAUCACCAUGAAGCUGCAAUCAGAGGUGGUCAAGACCUUCGAUGACUACUACCUGAAGCUGCGUCUGGACACCAACACCAGGAACCCCUGGUUUGCUGAGUUCUGGCAGUACCGUUUCCAGUGCCGCCUGCCUGGUCAUCCGCAGGAGAACAAGAACUACAAGAAAGUCUGCUCCGGUGACCACGACCUUCAAGGUGGAAAUGAAAGUCUGCAUGAAAACUAUGUUCAGGACAGUAAGAUGGGCUUUGUCAUCAAUGCCGUCUAUGCCAUGGCUCAUGGCCUCCAUGACAUGCACCAGGAGUUGUGCCCGGGACAGACGGGUCUCUGUGAGGCCAUGGACCCUAUUGACGGCAGCAAGUUGCUGGACUACCUCUUGAAGACGUCCUUCGGAGGAGUCUCAGGGGAGGAUAUUUAUUUUGAUGAAAACGGAGACACCCCAGGAAGGUAUGACAUCAUGAAUCUACAGGGUGUGGGUGAGGAUCGCUUUGACUAUAUAAAUGUGGGCUCCUGGCAUGAGGGCAUCUUGAGCAUCGACGACAGCAAGCUGUGGCUGAACAGCAGCGACAUGGUCCGCUCAGUCUGCAGUGAGCCGUGCUCCAAAGGACAGAUCAAAGUGAUUAGGAAGGGCGAGGUGAGCUGCUGCUGGAUCUGCACCACGUGCAAGGACAAUGAGUACGUCCAGGAUGAGUUUACCUGCAAGGCGUGUGAGCUGGGAUGGUGGCCCGACGAUGAACUGGCAGUCUGCCAGCCGCUGCCUCUGAAGUACCUCGACUGGGCGGAUGUGGAGUCCAUGGUCGCAGUGGCCUUCUCCUGUGUGGGCAUCCUAAUCACCUCCUUUGUCACCUUUGUUUUCAUCCAGUACCGUGAUACACCUGUGGUUAAGUCCUCCAGUAAGGAACUCUGUUAUAUCAUCUUGGCAGGGAUCUUCCUCGGCUACAUCUGUCCGUUCACAUUGAUCGCCCAUCCCACUGUAGUCUCCUGCUACUUGCAGCGUCUCCUCGUGGGCCUCUCAUCUGCCAUGUGCUACUCUGCCCUGGUGACCAAGACAAAUCGUAUUGCCCGCAUUUUGGCGGGCAGCAAGAAGAAGAUCUGCACCAAAAAGCCUCGUUUCAUGAGCGCCUGGGCCCAGGUGGUCAUCGCCUUUAUGCUCAUCAGUGUGCAGCUAACUCUGGAGAUCACACUCAUCAUUCUGGAACCCCCAGAGCCCAUCAAGUCGUACCCAAGCAUACGUGAGGUCUACAUCAUCUGUAAUACCAGCAACGUGGGCAUGGUGGCACCACUGGGCUACAACGGUCUACUGAUCAUGAGCUGCACCUACUAUGCCUUCAAGACGCGGAACGUCCCAGCUAAUUUUAAUGAGGCUAAAUACAUUGCCUUCACAAUGUACACUACCUGUAUCAUAUGGUUGGCCUUUGUUCCCAUCUAUUUUGGCUCCAACUACAAGAUCAUCACCACAUCCUUCUCUGUCAGCCUGAGUGUAACUGUGGCACUGGGAUGCAUGUUCACCCCCAAGAUGUACAUUAUCAUUGCCAAACCGGAGAGGAACGUCCGAAGCGCCUUCACCACAUCCGACGUGGUGCGAAUGCACGUCGGAGAUGGCAAGUCUGCUCAAUGUGGAACUAACAGCUUCCUUAACAUGUUCCGACGGAAGAAGCCUGCCUCUGGAAACGCUAAUUCUAAUGGCAAGUCUGUGUCAUGGUCUGAAUCAGGUGCAAGACACCCUCCGAGGGGGGGGAAUGUGUGGCACAGACUGUCUGUGCAUGUGAGGAAACAGGAAGCCGGCUUGAAUCAGACGGCGGUCAUCAGGCCCCUAACUAACACCCCCGACCCCCACAGUUGUGAGCCCUCCACCUGCAACCUUGGCACAGACCCACAACUACCCCAAGAACCGCCUGGCACUAAGCCUCUAUACAACCUGAUGGAGGAGGACGACGACGAGGGCGAUGUGCAGCGCCCCCUCUGGACUCCCGCCUGCUCUGGACAGAUGCAAAGGCUGGAGUCCGAUUUAGAUAAUCCAAAUUCUUAUUUGCCCCCUCACUUGAUGAGCUACACUACAGAGCACUUGCAGGGGGCUGUGGUGCACACACACAGCUCCCAUGUCCCUGCACUGAAUGAUCACGCUCAAUGCUCCGAGGCGAUCCCUGCCGACGAGCCUUUGCGCUUGAUGCCCUCCCAGCUUCCUUUGGCCCCACAACUGGGGGCAUUUGAAGAGCAGGGGCCCGAGGAUGAGGAACUGGACCUCUUACACAGCUACAUUUACAGUGCCAAGGAGGAGGGGGAGGGGGAGGACGGGGAAGAUGUGGAUUCAACUCACAACAAGGCAACUCUGGAGGAUUCCCUUGCACUAUCUCCUCCCUCCCCCUUCAGAGAUUCUGUGUAUUCGGGGGAGUCCCUGAGCGGCUCCCCCGCCAUCGAGUCGAUGCUCGGUAGCCCGUCGGGCUCAGUCUACACCUCAAACAUGCUCCAAGACUUCGCACACAGCUCCUCAACACUGUGAGAGCAAAACAGGCACUGACACAGUGGCUGUCAGCACAAUUGUACAUCACACAAACAUGCAUUUCCACACGCGCAGACACACACACACACACACACACACACACACACACACACACAUACAAAUACAUAUAUAUAUACACACAACAUUAUUUACCUUUGAAAAACUUUGAUUAUGUUGCUCUGUCAUUUGCUUGCCUGUAUUUAUUACUCUGCUUUUUAUGCAUUAGGGUUGAAGCCAAACUACAUGUAGAAAAACACCAGGUAUCAUCCAUGAGUGCUCACAUUUCUGAAGGGCUGUCAGUGCACAAAGCCUUUUCUGGAAAAUGUAAAACUGGGAAAAAAAAAACAAACAGUGCCAAAUUGAAUCAGCUCUCAUGCCAAAUUUUUCGAUGAAUUACGCAACACUGGGAAUUAAAGUAAAGGACGUAGCUGUGGUUUUCACGGUGGCAGUAAUUGGUCUACAACAACAAAUGCAAGGAGCAUCCCAGUUGUGUGCACAGUACUCACGUGCACACGUGCAUCGUGAGACACAAACUGGCUCUAAGGACUACAGUAGCUCAAGUGCAUUUCAUGCCAGUUUUGAUUAGCUCUGCUCCUCUCUGCCGCACACGCACAUGUCUGUUUGCGUGUGCAGCGGUCGCGGCUGCAUCGACAAACUAUUUGCUCUCUGCCUUUUAAUUUUUUUUUAUUAUUAAUGAAUUUCACCUCAGCAUUCUCUCAUCAGACCUCACUGCUAUUUAAAUAUUACAAAGAGAUAGGUUAACAUGAAAAGUGCAGUAAGUUGGUUGAAUAUUACUUUUUUUGUGUUGCAAGGUGUGUUCAAAAUGACAAAAAAAAAAUAUGAUUACUGAACUGAGAUUCUGCUGAAGACUUUGCGCUGUACGAUGUGCCAAUCAAAAAGAAAAAAAAUCAACCUACAUCCCUGCUUUCGAUUUUUACAAUGUAGCUGAUACAGGUUUAGCGUGAUUGUAGAUGAUGGCAAUGUUGUUCAUUCUGUUUACACUCAAUCAUUACCCUGAGAAGCAGUUUUAUGAUCAUGGGAUGUGACAAAAGUGAGUUUUACUGUGUCAUUGUAAUGGAAAACACAGUACUUGUACAAGUUCUCAAAGUUUGUAAUACUGUCAAGCCAUCUCUUGUUUUUCACACAGGUGGUAUGUUUGUAAUACUGAUAAAUGUUUCUAUAUUUAGAAUGUCAACUGGAAAAAAAACAACGAGUUUAUACAUUUUGAAACUGUCCGCAGAUUCUCGUCAAGGAGCAGUGUGUUUGGUUUUUGGGUAACCUCUGAGCUAACUUGAGUCGACCGUAUCCUCUUGAAAAUAAUCAGUUGUAAAAAGUAACCGAUGAUUAGUUGCUUCUUGUAAUGACAUUAUACAUGUUUUCGAUUUUGCUUAAAUCUUGCAUUAUAAACUGAAGUAGUUUACUUGAGGUUAAGUUUCUUAGUUCUUUAUCGAUAAGAAUGCAAAUAAUUUCAAGGUACAAGACUAUACAGUGCAUAGUGCAAUUGUAUUGUAUUUCCAAAUGUUUUUAGUCUAUUAUAGUGUAAGUUGUGAACUGAUUUUAACCAAUGUGAAAAUAUACGAGGGUGCCACCUGCUUUACACUGUCAGCUCUGGAGUGAAAUAGGCCUUUUAUGUUUUUCGCGUAAGCUGAACAUAUGCUGUUGAAUAAAGAGAAAUAAUAUUUA